AUGGACGUGGAUGAGGCUGAAAACCAGGCUCCAGCUCCUGUCGUUACUGACGACGAGACAGUCGUCGCCGAGCUCGGCAGCGUGCUAGAGCAGAUUGAGCAGGAACCUAACAAUAUCUUCCUCCUCCGGCGCCAAGUCGACCUGAUGCUCCAGGUCGGCAUGGUUAGCGAGGCUUGCGACGCAGCGUCAUCUGCGUCAAAACUCUUUUUCCUCGGUGAGGCACUUUGGCACCGUAUCCUCGACGCCAACCUCGCCUCACUCACGACGCCAGUGAACUUGGACACAGUCGCCCAAGUGCUUGAGGCCUUUGCGGCCGCCGAGGACGAAUACCUCUCGCCUGUCAUCUUUCAGCUGCACGCCACCUUCCUCGUCGGCCUCACCUCCACUGGCGAUAUCACCGGUGACGACGAGGUACGCGAGUACCUCGACGCGGAUACCAUGCGCACCAUGCUGCGCAACAUCGCCGAGCGAUGUAAUGGUCUACUGAAUGAGAUUCAAGCGUGGCAGACGUGGAUCGACUGGGAGGUGUCCCUUCUUCACGAUCUAUCCGGCUCUGACAAGAAGGAGCAGAUCCGGCACAUCGGCGACUUGUAUCUCGCGCGCCUCCAGACACCGCACACCACGGCUAGCGAGACGUCGAGCGCGUACUCGAGCUUCUGCACGAAGUACUUCACCGACGACUACGAAGACAGGCUGGUGCAGGCGACCAAGGCGAGCCAGGACGCCAAGUGGAAGCUGGACCGGGAGAAGCGGCACGGUCGCACGCGAACUGACUUUGAGGAGCAGCUCGUGUCCACUACUGAUGUGGGGCAGCAGGCGCAGCUCCUCCUCCAGUAUGUUGACUGGGAGACGGACCCCGCGGCCAAGCGCAACAAGAAGGCCAAGGGCCCGCAGCAAGAUGUUGGUCUAUGUCGAGGAGUAUUUGAGCGCCUCCUUCUCGUCUACGGAAACGCGGCGGCCGCGGCGGAGGAUGCGUCCUUCGCUGCGGCGCAUGUGCCCGAGAUGGCGCAACAGAUGCGCGACACUGCCUCCGCUUACAAGGCGGCCGAGGCGACAAUAUGGUGCAGGUAUUUCGACUGGGCGUCUGAGAACCUCAAGCCUAACGAGGACGAGAACCCAGUAACCGACGUUGCGGGACGCGCGGUGCGCGCAUGCCCAGAGAGUGGAGAAGUGUGGAACCGGCAGCUUACUGCGAUGGAGGCGGCCAACGAUAUCCCCGGUAUUGAGAAGUCGGUUGAGAAGGCGCAGGGUUUGAUCGUGAGCAACAAGCACAAGCAGUCCGUGGCCUCCCUGGUUGAGCUCUUCGUCACCCACGCUUCGAUCCUGCACAGGCGAUACCGGGAGCUUCCGGCCAACGAUGAACAUCCGGUCUUCCUCAACCUUGUAGCGGCCUCCGAUUCCAUGCUGAAGGCGUAUCCUGAAGGCGAUCCGUCCUUGCGAUUGGAGAAGUUUUCGAUCUCAUGGGCCGAAGUUGCAGCAGUCGAGCUCAUCAUGGACCUUAUCGCUCUCCUCAGCACGCCGGUCAGGUCUCGUGACGCCUCUUAUCAGUGGACCAUUCUUAGCGCCGACACGCAGGCACGAUACGGCGACGUCGACGGCGCGCGUGAACGUUACAACAAGGCGAUCCAGGGGCCAGAUCUCGACUGGCCUGAAGCCGUGUUCGAGGCCUUCACGACCUUCGAGAACGUUCAUGGCUCAUUAGAAACAAUUCAAGCAGCGAGGAAACAUAUCGGCACGGCGCAGAAAAAGCUCAAUAGACGACGUGAGCGUGAGGCGCAGGCGCAACAGGCACAACAGGCUGCAUAUGCGCACCCGCAGGCUGAGGCUGCCGCCCCUGUCGCUGCUGAGCCAGCAACAGCCCCUGCAGAGCCCGCUGUUGAGCCGAUGGUGGUCGACAGCGUGGCUCCUGCUGUUGCGUCAACAGAAGCUGCACCGCCGACUUCGGCGCAAGAGAAGUCGGCCGUUGCAGAGAAGCCGAGUGCGGCUGUUGCUCCUGGAACCACCGCUUCGGCAGGAGACAAGGCCGACGGUGAGGUCGAGAUCAAGCGUGACCGCGAGAACAGCACGGUCCUCGUUACUGGCCUGAGCCCAGAUACGACUGUGGCGCGUGUCAAGGCGUUCUUCGAAGAAUCUGGCGAGGUGCGCGAGUGCAGUAUGACGGAAGAGCCGGGAGCGGCGAUGGUCGAGUUCAUGUCUGCCGAGACUGUGCCGGUCGCUCUGGGCCGUGACGGCAAGAAGCUCGACGGCCGCGCCGUCCGUGUCUCGAUGCUGUGGCGUUGCACCCUUUGGGUCACCAACUUCCCUCGAUCCGCCGACAACGACAGUCUCAAGCAACUGUUUGGACAGUACGGCAAGAUCCUGUCUAUCCGCUGGCCGAGCCGCAAGUACGUCGACUCUCGGCGCUUCUGCUACGUUACAAUGGAGUCGCCGGCCGCCGCCCAGGAAGCGCUUGUGCUGCACAAGUUCCAACCAGCUGGCGAGAGCUUCCCAAUGUCGGUCCUCAUCUCUGACCCCGCGAAGAGGACGAAACGCACCGACUACUCGAACUGUACGCUGUUUAUCGGUGGCCUGCACCCGAAGUCGACCGAGGGCGAGGUCAGGCACUUGUUGGAGAGGUACGGCACCAUCGUGAGCGUCAAGGUGCCGUGGGACAAGGCCAAGAACCAGGCGAAGGGGAUUGCGUUCGUCGAGAUGCAAAACAAGGCGCAGGCCGAUGCUGCUCUCGAGGCGAAUGGGGCGUCGCACCGCGGCAGGCACCUGAAGGUUGAAAUCAGUGACCCGCAGCACGCCGAGAAGAACCGGGGGAAGAUCAGCAACGCGCAGCAGGCGACGGACCGCCGCGAACGAACGGUUUACCUCUUUGACAUCCCGCCAGGGUCACAAGAAGGGCUGCUCCAGCAGGAGUUGGAGAAGCACUUCCCCGUCCGCCGCGUCGAGCUGUUCGAAAACAAGGGACAGGCGCGCGUCGAGCUCGAGUCGGCCAAUGACGCCGGCGCGCUCUUGCUGCGCUCAGACAAACUUGAGUUCAACGGCGCCACUCUGCGCAUCCAGGACCACUCUGAGUCGAAGACCGCGCCCGCGAAGCCGGCCGCCGCAAUGGCCGCGUCGACCUCGAAGCCAGAGGCCUCGUCCUCGCUCUCCUUCGCCCCGCGCCCACGCAAGACCAACAAGGCGAUGGGCCAGGCAUAUCGCCCGCCCCGGGCGGCGGCCGCGACCGCCGCAGCCAAGCCGUCCGGCGGAUCGGGACAGGACCAGUUCCGCGCGUUCAUGAACACGACGAACGAGGCACGCAAGAAGGCGGACGAGGAGGCCAAGGCUAAGGCUUCUGCUGACAGGGCAAAGCGCGAGGCGGAGUGGCAGGCGCGCGAGGCUGACAGGAAGCGAGCACUGGAGGAUGGCGAAGAGGGGAGCGAGGCGAAGCGCCCGAAGAGAGGAGAUAAGGGCGACGAGUAG